UCACAGACAUUACUCGUGCACUCCUUCACACACCUUUGAUUCAAUUCAGUGCAGCGUCCGACGUCAAUCCUGAAGCAUGGGGCAAGAAACACCUGACUACUCGGAUGAUGACUUCUUCUAUGACUACGAGCUGAUCAGAAGAGGAGGGCUGAUCUUCGCUGCUGUUCUGUUCUGUCUGGGCAUGGCAAUCAUAUUUAGCAAAAGGCUCACCUGUGGGAAAAGACAAAACACAAAGCCUGUGAAUCUGGACGAACUUUAACUCCGGAGUCAUUGAAAGCCGGCAUCCCAUCAUCCAUCGCCCAAUCCUGUCACUAAUAAGGACCAAUCCUGCAUCAAUGGAAAAUGGAAAAUUUUUCUAAUUAAAAAAAAAAAACGGCCUUCUUUUGUAUUGAUUGAAGUCAGAAAAUGCUUUGCCAGCUGGUGUGUCCAAUAAAGAAUGCGCAAUAUUACCAUAUUUUUGAAUAAAUGACAUUAUGAAUACUCAAAAAUACACAAUAUGGUGAGAGGGAUAAGGAGACCUGGUCAUCACACCCAUAUGAGCUUGUUGGACAUCUCAUUCCAGAUUUAUUCCCACUCUGAUGCCAUAAUAAGCUCCAUUCUUCUGGGAAGGCUUUCCACUAGAUUUUGGGGCGUGGCUGUGUGGGAUUUGUGCUCAUUCAGCUACAAGAGGAUUAGUGAGUGAGGUUGAGAUCAGGUACUGAUGUGUGAGGAGGCUCCAGUUCCGUCAGUCGGGUUGAGGUCAGGACUCUUCCACCUUCUUCCAACCGUAACGCACCAUGUCUUCAUGGCGUAAACCAACAGCAUGCAAAGACAUUCUAUACAGUUGUUUGCUUCCAACUUUGUGGCAACGGUUUGGGGAAGGACCUCGUAUGAGAUUGACGGUCGGGCGUCAUAUGUGUAUCUUAUGCUUUUUUUUUUUUCUCAUGAUCUGCUGCGACAUGACCUCAGUCGGCCUACAUCUGAAAAAAUAACCAAAUAUUUUACAAUAUUACAACUUGGGGUGCCAACUCAUCGCAGACUACAAGCGCACACACAUUCCCACACACACAUUCUGGACAGCACAAUGCCUUACGACUGGUGGAGGAAGCUGCAGAGCAGAGGUGGGACUCGAACCCCAAACCCUGGAGGUGCGAGGCUUAAAAGCUAACCACUAAACCACUGUGCCCUUCCCUCCUCCAACAAAAACCCCAAUUAGGCCUUAUUUCAUGAGUGAUUAGAUUAAGAACAACACAUUACAUUAGACUACCAUUCCAGAUGAUCAGAAACAUAUACUUCAUAUACAAGAACAACCGUUAGAGAGGAACAGAUUUCUUCUGGAUAGAUAGACAGAUAGAUAGAACUGAGACUGUGGCUAACCACUGAAAGUUGAA